AUGGCACGUCUUCGCAGCGCGAGUGUUCAACCGCAACAGCGCCUUACACCCAGCUGGCCACCUGAACGGCCGUCACCUGCACAUCCUCCACCGAAACCCAUCGAGCCUGCGCCCGCGCCGCAAUACGAAUCGGCACAGAACGAUGACACUACGGACAUGCAAAGCUCUUCGUCAACAGUAUACAGUCCAGCCGCUGUACGAAAGCCGAGUCCCCUCAGCGAAAUUGAGCAUGACAAAAGCGAGACUGCCACUCCCGAGGCGGCUUGCGCGAAGUUGAUUGCAGAGAGAGAAAGACUCGGAGAUGGCCCUGCGAUUCUCGAUAUAUACCGUGUGCUCUGGGCGCAGCAUGCUCGGCCGCCUACUUACUCAUCCUCUGCACUUGACCUGCUGUUGGAUGCGGCGACCACCGAGUUCCUCACCAAACAGCUUGAAGCGGAACUCGCAAGCAGCGACAGGCGCACGCGGCGGUCCAUGGACCGACUGAUUGGGUUACCGUGGUCGCGAGGGAGGCAAAAGAGCAGGGGCAUCAACAACGACAUUCUCCUCACUCGAUUGCAGCUCUUCGCAAUUUUUAGCAAUCACGGCAGAUUCCUCGAAAAGCUGGCGAAGCUUGCAGACACGGUCACGGAAAGCAACAUUAGCUGGGAAGCGAUGGUCCUCUUGUUGAGACGGGCAAGCGAUUCGCGGCAUGACGGCGCUCCGGCCGGCGUCAGACAGACGAAAAGGAACGGAAAGACGGGAAUUGGAAGAGGCAUCAGCACUGGUGCUGAAUGGGCCACGAAAGAUGUUGACAUGGUACAAGAACAACUGGCGACGAGAACGGAAGAAGAUGUAGCUGGACACAAUGAGAGUUCCCAGCAGAGCAUCCCCGAGCCUGUUUGGCCUUCAACGAAGCGUCCGUUAUCGAAGCAGCGUUCAACGAAGCGCCCGGCAGUGGAGCCGCAGCCAGACUGGCGGCAGGACUUGCGGGACGACUCGCAACAAGACUCGCGGAACAACCUGCAGAAAGAUUCGUCGCCCGAGGCGAAUGGCAGCACGGGCAGCCCGUCUUCUGUGGAACUCGGUCGCAAGGCGGUGCAGCCUUUGUCCGACUUUGGAUUUGGCUUUGACUCUCCUGACUCCAUUGCUUCGUCGAGGAGACCCAGCAGUUUCUCUUUCUUCAACUCACCCAUGUUGUUGCAGGACUUUGACUCGCGCACGGUCUUGCAAGAGCUUCGUCGCCUCAGUGACGAGGGAAACUCGAGUUUGGGUUUCGGAUUCGGCUUCCGGGAUUGGCAAGGCGACCGCACCCCCACCUUCGCGCUUUCUCCUUCCCACUUCACUUCCUCCACAAACUUGAACAACGUCUUCAAUCAGCCUGAGCCCCACCCUCCAUCUGCGCGUCUGCAUCCAUUGGCUGACGCGUCAGCACGCGCACCCCUCGAAUUACGUCCGCCUCGCCGGCGGCCUCGAUCGCACAGCGGCGACUCCUCACUUCGCUGCAGCACGAACAACGCGCCAGUAGCGCCAAUCGUCAACAACAGCGAUCUGGCACUGCACCAGAAGAUCGUCCGUAGCGAACCUGGUCCUGAUACGCAAGACGUCACCGAUCCACAAGACGACACCUCACUACAGAAGGAUAUCGACCUCCAACACCACACCUCGCAAGACCGCACUGGCCCGCAAGACGACAUUAUCGGUAACUUUGACGACGAGCCAUCUGUUACACCCGAGUCUGACACCACGACAGAUCUUCCGCCGCAAGAUACUGCAACAACAGUGAAGGCCGCAAGAGCAAGUCCUACUGAAUCAAAGUGGCAUACCACAAGAGCAGACACCACGUGGGAAGCGAGCAUCACAACGGCAGAGAUGCGGCUCGAAAAGAGACCACUUGGAGAGUCGAACAUCACCGGCAACGCAAGCAUGGCGAAGAAGCCGAGAUUCGAGGGCCCGAGGAAGGCCUCGCGUGUUACUAACCAGGAAGCGCAGGAGUCCAUCGGCCACGUCCGUGAAAUCUUCGACCUUGCAGGACUCGAUACUACCAGCUUCGCACCAGACGCCGUCGCUCCUCGCAAGGGCCCGGGUGUGGCAGGUUUCGCUGACGUGCGUGGAGAAGAUGCUCCAAAGUCCGUUUUCAUUUUGCCGCUGCCUGUUGCAGCUUCUGGACAACCCGUCACCUACGACUACCAUUGGGUGUUGUGCGAAUAUACCGUCGAAGAAGGUCAGCCUUUCAUGGGUGUCUAUCCUUACACAGCAGCUCCACAGUCAGACGCGGACUUGAAAGAGCGCUUCGAGGGAAUGAUAGCAUCUGACCUGCAGUUACUUCUGCCUACGGACCAGACGACCGGGCUCUUGUUCGAAUGGGACUUCUCCUCAUCGUACAAUGAGACAGUCACACCGACCAUCCUCGACGAUGCUCCAUACUACCUGGCUGCCAAAGCCAUCUUCCGCGCUCGUGGUUCAAAGACUUCCCUUCCGAGUGUCGUGAAUGCCCCGAUCUGGCGAUCGAUUCUGACGAGGACACUCUCUUGGCAUUCUAGCCCACACGAUGCUUGGUCUCUCGACACAUUCAGACCAGCACUCGUCGAAGAGCCAGAUGACUCAAAGCCCGACGACAGACCCACCGAUGGUGACUCCAAUAAAGAGGAGCCGUCCCACCUUCAAGACCUCGCGAUCUCCGACAACCAUUUGCAUGCGGCACUGUCACGACUUGAUCGCGAACAAGAUGCGUUCAACUCCGCCGCCGAAGCUCUUGGCCUGUGGUGGGAGCUUCUCACCGAGCUUCUGGACCAGAAUGGUCCCGCCAAUGAGGAUUUGCAGAAGCUCUCCCAGAAACGCGCCAACGCCCAGAAGGAAUGGGAGGCAACCAAUGAGCCCUGUUUUCAACAGUCUCUCGCUUUCUACACAAAGCAGCUGAGGACUCAUGGCAUGUCCCAGGUCAAGGCUUCGUGCGCCGACAUGAAGUCCAACAUCGAGCGGCGGAUGAAGCGUACUGCCGGUGAUAAGGCCAAGGAGAUUUCGCGUGCUCUCGAUGUCGCGCGCAAAUUGACGGACAAGUGGCAGCAGAUGCUGGAUCAGCACUCUUGA